UCCGCGUGCCAGCUGCUCCGGGAUGACGGGUUGGGCUCUCCGAUCUCCAUCCUCGCGUACAACGGGACGUGUAACGACGAGGUCGGGCUAUUUGGGUUGGAGAUCGACCGCAACUACCGGUUUCAGACCGUGCUGACAAACGAGGAACACGAGAACAGGAACGCCUCCUCUUCCAUCGUGAUUUCCUACGCCUCAGCCGGUACGCCGAUUUUCCCCAACGCCUUCAAACCGAGAAUAACGAAGGACGGCAAGUCCGACGUGGUACUUAGCUGGAUCGCGCCGAACGACAUGGGCAGCCCGGUGCUGGGGUUUGUCGUCGCCUACACGACCGGAACGCACAACGACGAAUCAAAGUGGACAAAAAUUUACGACAAUCCGGAAAACCCAAACCAAUUCACCUUCCGUGUCACAGACCUCGACUCCAUGGCCCUGCACCGCUUUCGCGUACACGCGCGGAACCGAGUCGGGCUGGGGUUGCCGUCCUCGGAAAACUCAAUACAGCUGUCGCGGUUGCAGGUGAAAAAAAUUAUAGCGGCUUUGUGAUGUUGUCGUAUAGAAGCCUGGAGGUAAAAGUUUUCUUUGUUUGGAAAGAAGCAAGCUGUAUCGUAUUUCUUCUUUUCUUAAACUCUCCCUUCCAGGUCGCUCCCCUCUCUCGCGCACUCCAAUUUCCGCGCACCGUUCCCGUGACCAAUUCCGGUUUCCGUACCGUGCUUCAGGGUGUGGACCCCAGAACGAACUACGACGACAAGCAGGGUGGGCGGCUGUUUCUGAUGCAAAUCCGAAACCUGUGUGAGCUCGACCCUAGCGACAAAGAGUCGUGUCGGGAUGUCACGGCAGAGCAUGUCUUUUUCGAAGAUAACCCAAAUUCGAGGCCGCAAAAACCCGUUUGCUGCUUUCUCGGCGAGGACCUGAACGACGGCACGUACUCCAUCGAGGGCAAGAUACCGAAGAAGGGAAGGUUCACGGUGGGCAUUCAAUCUCUGGAAGUCGGCGGGCUGUGGGGGCAGUAUUGGAAUAAUCAGUGGCUGCAGGGGCUUCCCUUUGCAGCACGGCAAGAGGUGGUCGAUUUCGACUGGAAGGACGGGAUUGUGGGGAGGUACGUAGGACUAUGGUUUUUAUUUCCUACGGUUUUAUGUUGAAUCGCUUGCAAUUUUAAUUUCUGUUCUUCUGUCCCGAAGCAUGUACAUCCAGCACAAUGUGCGCACGAUUUCAGUAGCGAAAUUCAAAUAAAACAGUGCCGCUUCCGUCGAUUUCGUCGCCGCCAAGUGGUCCGGUUACCUUGUUCCGCAGUACACGCAGCGGUACACGUUUUCCCUGCAAGCGGACGACGGAGUGAAGCUGUACGUGAACAACGAGCUGAUAGUCGACAAAUGGUACGAAACCAGCGGCGAUUUUUCCGGCGCCGUGGAUCUGAAGGGGAACACCUUCGUGCCCAUAGAACUGGUCUACCGCGAGGUUCUGGGGAACGCAACCUGCAAACUGUUUUACCAAUCCUUUUCCGUCGCGAAGCAGAUAGUGCCCGGGGACCGGCUGUACCGCGGCACGUGGAUUACGGGGUUCCCGACCUUCAUCCAGGUGCAGUCCGAGUUGCUGGAACGGGGAUACGAAAACAAAACGGACUACAGCUUAUCGCAACUUCUGUCCCAGUCCGCCAUCGAUACCUCGCCGUCAAAAUCCACCGUUUUCGGCCCGGUGAUCGAGACCAAGACCGCCUUAGCCGGAGAAACGAACGAGUUCUUCAUCCAGGCUAGAGAUCAGUUAGGGUUCAACCGCUCGACGGUCCUCGACCACUGGGAAGUGUUGCUCACCCACAGUGAGGACAGCAACAUCAACAUUUUUCCCACUGUCACGCCGUACCCCAGCGCGGACCGCGAGACCGGCAUGUAUCGUGUGACGUUCACGCUGGAAACGAUGGGCACGUACAAAAUGUCUUUGAAGAUCCACGGGGAAUUCGUACAGCACUUUCCGAUGAACAUCGAGGGGCUGGCCGGGCGCCCGGACGUGGAGUCGACGCAGGCGUUCGGGAACGCAACUUCGUACUUCUACGCUGGGGUGGCUGCGGAUUUCGAGGUUUUCGUGAAGGAUAAGUUCGGGAACGCGGUCACCGACGCGAACUUGCAGAUCGAGGUGGCGAUCCACUGGGAGGGCUACAUCGCGGGGUCGGCGUACUUCGACGGCAAGGCGGUCAGCGACACCGAUUUGCUCAACGCGGAAUUCGGCCGGCACUUCUUCGGCUCGCCGCGGUACGACCGGCCGGGGGUGUACGUCGUGACCUACACGGCUUUGCGCGCGGGGAACAACAAAAUGUACGUGAAAGUGCGGGGGCAGAACGUCCGCGGCUCGCCCUUCGCGGUCAUCGGGUAUGCGCAGCGGGACAUGACGACGAUGAAGGAGCAGCCGUUCGGGCCGCGGUGCAAAGUGACUUCGGGGGAGCCGCCGACGGAGUGGCGGGCCGGGUCGUACCAUGCCAUGAUGGUACAGUUGCGGGACGCUUUCGGGAACCCGCUCUCCACACCGCUCUCCCAACGGCCCAACAUCCGGAUUUUCACCAUUCCGACGAGUUCUCGCGAAGACAAUUUCGAGUGCAAGCCCUACCUCGGGUGCGACGCGGACUACCACACCUUUCCGACGACCUGGAACAUCAUCGGGCAGUUCUGCACGCAGGUGCGCGGGGUCUACGAGUGCACCAUGCGGCCGGAGUACGCUUCUCUCGGGAAUGACCGGUACAUCGACAUCCAGGUGUUGAAUAACUCGAUCUCGAAAGUCGAGGCGCCCCCGCCGCUGAAUAACACGGAAGUGACCAUGCUCCCCGUGCCGAUCCAGAUUUCUCCCGGGCCCGUGUCCGCGAUCCGGUCCGAGGUUUUGGGCUUGCCGCGGAACUUCGUGGCCGGCGUCGGGAUUAUCGCUUUACUGCAGUGGCGAGACGAGUUCGGCAACAACUUGGUGUCCAGUCCGACGAUUUUGGAUUUCCAGUUGAAGAUGUCGGGUGAAUCCCUACCCUACACGGACAACUUCAAUGGUACCUACACGAUCGUCGCGAGAUCGACGUCGGCGGGGGUGAACAACGAGUUGGAGGCGAAGGUGGUCGGUGAACACUUGAAGGAUUCCCCAAUCUCCGGAUUGAACGUGCGUCCGGGCCCGGCGUCCGCUUCCGGGUCCUCGUGCGAGAUCCCGAAAUUCUUCCCGGUGGGUGUGGCGACCAGGGUGGGGUGCUCGACGAAUGACGAGUUCAACAACCCGAUCUCGGAGUUGGAUUUGCUCAUCUACGCCGAAGCGGUCUCGCAAACCGUCGGCGGGCAAACCGUGCGCGCGACCGGGGCCUACGACCGGAUCACGAAAAGAUACCAGAUGCCGCUGACGAUCACGGAAAUCGGAAACUUCUCGAUGGCGGUCAGGUUGGAGGCCCGCGGGGGUCUCAUGGCGCAGUACUACCGCGCGCCGCAGUUUCAGUCGAUGAUCUCGAAGCGGACGGAUUUGAAUCACGUCGGGGAGAUGGUCACGGAGUACACGCAAAUCGACCCCUUCGUCUCCUUCGUGUGGCCCGCAUCGCCGAUCGCCGAGGGUACGCCGGAUUUUUUCUCGAUCCGCUGGUCCGGGAUGAUUUUGCCUAAAUUUUCCGGCGCGCACUACUUCCGGAUCGAGUCUGACUACCGCUGUGCGAUUCUGUUGAACGGCAAAGCUAUUGUGGACAAAUGGAACGUCGACGUCCCGGUGGCGGAAACGGCGACGGUGCCGGCGGGGGAGCUGCUCGCGGGCGUCCACGUCCCGUUUGAGAUUUGGUACGAGCACCGGACCGGCACCGCGUACAUCCGGGUGUUCUGGCGCACCGCGGCGUACGCGGAGGAGGUGAUCCCCGCGGUGAAUCUGAUCUACCCGCUGAACAUUCUCUCCGCCAACAUCAUCGCGCCCUCCACCCCGGCGGACGCGUCCACCCGCUCGCUGAUGUGCCGGACGAUCCACCUGAAGUCCGAGGUGAUUGACAAUCAGAUCGUGUACAGCUGCGAGGAGAUUGUGGACGAAGCCAUGGUGUCCGUGGCCAACGUGUUCUACCUGCACACCCUCGAUUCCUACGGCAACCCACGGUACACGGCCUCGUCGGUGCAAAUCGCCGGCACGGUGAAGACCACCCCACCAACCGCCAUCACGUUCAACCACGUCGCGGACACGGGCUACUACACGGUUGAGUUCACACCCACCCGCGCCGGCACCUUCGACAUCGAGAUCAAAGUGGGCAACGGCUUCCUCGCCGCGCCGAUCCAGCAGGCCGUGCGGGUUCUGAUCCGGCCGGGGCAGCCCAGCCCGAUCCACUCCCUGGUCGAGGGCGCGGGUCUGGCCUACGCGAUGGCGGGGGUGUGGAGCGAGUUCAACGUGACGCUCCGCGACGAGAACGAGAACCCGACCGGCGUGUCCGCCGGGCAGGACGUGGGAUCAAACUUACCCGACGUGGCCUGUUUGGACAUUGGCGGCUACGGCAAGUUCCGCUGCCGGUACAACAUCCAGAUCGCGGGGAAAUACGAGAUGAAAGUUCUCGUCAACGGGAUCAACGUGCUCGCCCUGCAGCCGGGGGUCUACAACUUGUUUGUCAGCUCCCGGGUGAUCGACCCCUCGUCCGGCAUCCUCUACCCCUUCAAGCACACGCAGAUGUACACGGAGAUCAAGCGCGCGACGGAGAAUGUCGUGGUGUUCAACGCGGCGGAUGAGUACGGAAAUCCGGUGACCUCCAGCGAAACCACGGAGCUCGAAAUUGUGUGCGAAGCGUGGGGCCCUAGAACGUUGAAAUCGCAGCUGAACGAGGACGUGCUGUACCUGAAAGUCGCGCAGAUCCCCGACUUCGCCGGAAUGUACCGCCUCAUCAUGCAGGUGAACGCGGACCGCCCGCUGGGGCAGUACACGUUGGACUGUUUCAUCGUGAAGCGGGGCGGCGUGAACAGUGCGUACUACAACGACAUUUGGCUGGAGGGCAACUACAGUUCCACCAUUGUGGACACACACUUCGACUUCCAGUGGAUCGGCGGCCGGGUCACGGCGAACAGCAGCGACAUGGUCGGGGCGCAGUUCAACGCGUACCUGAAAGCGCCCUCGCAGGGGGUGUACAACUUCUACCUGACGGUGGACGACGUGUGCAAGAUUUGGCUGGACGGGGUGAUCACGAUGGACACCUACUACCCGGGGGUGCACUACAUCCCGGGGAUCUUCUUGACGCAGCAGAAACUGUAUUCGGUCCACGCCAUGUACCGUGACUACAAGGACUUCGCGCGGCUCAAGCUCGAGUGGGAGUGCGCGGAGUGCGGGAUCACGCGCGAGGUGGUGGGGCAGACGAACUUCUACCACAGCAGAUUGCGGUUGGGGAACUUCCCGCGCUACUUCCAGGUGUUCGACUGCCCGGGCAAGCCGGACGCGUUCUACCGCGACGUGCCGCAGUUGAGUGGGGAGGUCAGGUUGAAGUGGCUGCCGCCGCUGGAGAACGGCGACAAGCCGGUGACGGGGUUCCGCUUGUACCGGAACACGGGGAACGGCGACGCGGCGAAGGUGUUGCUUUACGAAACCGCGGAUCAUUUGUCCACGGGGUACACCGACUCCGGCGUGGACGCGACGAAAAUCUACAAGUACGCGCUGGUGUCGCGAAACCUCGGGUGUGAUUCCGACCCGUACGAGAUUGAGGUCCAGCCGACGACCGCCCCGGGGAUUCCGAACCCGCCGGAAUUUUUCAACACAAGCAGCAAAUUCGGGCAGAUCACUUUGAAAUUGACCCCGCCCUUGGACAACGGGGGCGCGCAAGCCUGGCACUACGAACUGCAGCACAACAACGGGCACGACGGGCCCGCGAACGGCUACCGGACCAUCUUUGGCAACGUGGACGCCGACUCGUUUACGCAGCAGGAAUUGUCGACGAUUUACAUUCUGAAGAACCUGGUCCGCGGCCGGAUUUACAAGAUGCGGGUCCGCUACGCGACCAUCGUCAGCUGGUCCCCGUGGUCCGCGGAGAUUUCGAUUCUGUGCUGCGAGUUGAUAAAGCCCGAAGUGCGCGUGACAGGACUAAGAAGAUCUAAGGUGUUGCCCAACACGGCAACCCAGCUGUCGAUCGAGUGGGACGUGAUUGAGGAAAGCCUGUCGGCACCGAUCGGGUCGUCCAACAUCAUCGGGUACAAGGUGUGGAUGCUGACUUCCACAAAGACCAUCUUCGGCCCGGUAGCCUCCCCCACCAUCGGCUACAACGAAGUGGAAUCGGAGUUCGACACCCCCUCCGUCGAUGUCAACUACUUUACCGCCAGCAACCUCGUCGCGGUCUUCACCGCCCCACUGGUCGAGUCCUACGCGUUUCAGGUGGCCGCCUGCAACGUCGCGGGGUGCGGUCCGCGGUCGGAGCGAAUCGCGCUGCAGGCGGUGGACGUGUUGGAGAGGCCGAGCUUCAACGUGAACACGAACAAAACCGUGCUGAUCGAGCACCAAUCCGAAGACUCCAUCGUUUUCAACUUCCGCCCGCCCGACCAGUGGCCGGCCGGCACGGACAUGACCCAGGCGGCGAUCCCGACGCCGACGGCGUCCCUGCUGGCCAAGGGGUACCGGAUCUUCUGCGACGACGGGCUGGGGGGGCCGAUCACCAACGUCGUCCACUACAAUGCGCCCCCGACCAUGACGCGGAUCGUCUUUACCGGGUACUACAAGAUUUUGAACAGCAACGACUACGAAGUUUUACCGCUGGAAGUGGAGAAAGUCACGUUCUCCGAGUUCAUCCCGAUCGUCCGCGGGCGGAAAUAUCGCUUCCACGUGGCGGCGAUCAACGCGGCAGGGGAGUCGUUGACCACCGAAAUUCCACUACAAGUCACCGCGGCGACCAAACCCCACCGCAUGGAGCCACCGUUCGCCGUGCCGGAGCUGACGGAUUUCGACAAGAUCGUGCUGUCGUGGUUUGUCCCCGACGACGGCGGCGAUCCGAUAACGGAGUUUGAGAUCGAGAAGAAAAUCGUGUCCGUCUCCAGGCCGUACGAGAAAACCGAUUCGGUCACCGACGACAGCGAGGGGUUCAGCCUGCUCGCAAAAGUGCCCAACACGGUGGACUAUUUGCUGUCCAACGCGAAUUUGACUUUCACGGACAGCGCUGUGAACGCGUCGGAGCAGUACGAGUACCGGAUUAAAGCCAUAAAUGACAUCAAAACCGGCACCGAGACGCUCUUCUCCUACCCGGCACAGCUGGUCGCGGCGCCGGUGCCCUCCACGCCGUUGCUGUGCGGGGUCCGGAAGGAAACGGACGAAUUUUGCCACUUCGCGGUCUCGGCCUCCACGAGAAAUUCCAUCAGCCUGAAGUUUUCCCCGCCGACCAGCGCUGCGGAGGUGACGAAGUUCACGAUCUUCGCGAACAACGAGAAAGUGUUCGAGUCCGACGCGGGGCACCGGAACUUCACGUUCACCAACUGCGAAUUCGCGCAGAUUUACGAAUUCGAGCUGGUGGUCACCAGCUUCGCCGGCGCGUCUGCGCGGAGCAGAAAGCUGAAGAAAACCUGCACGGCGCCGCCCGGAAAGCCGGCGAACGCUCGGCUGUACUCGGCGUCGAAAGAGAUCGUCACACUGGAGUGGGACGCGCCGGAGAACGACGGGGGCGGGCCCAUCACGGGCUACACCGUGGAGCGGUCCAUGCCGUUUCGGGGGGAAACGGACCUGCAGAAAUCCGAUCUGUACGACAACGCCCUCAUCCCCGAAGAAAACAAGUCGCGGGGCACGAAGACGAACUACGAGCAGAUUUCCUGCAUGGUGGAGAGAAGGGAGCGAAACGUGCUCGACCGGUCGAUCGGCUUCGAAGCGGACGAGCGCAAGUACAAGUCGUACUUACCCAGCAACUACUUCACCUGCGCGGACGAUAAAAUCGCAAAGGACUGCCCGGACAACACCUGUUGGUAUCGGGUGCGGGCCAGCAACGGCGUCGACGAGUCCAACACGGGGGAGCCGUCGAACUACGUGGUCCUAGUCGCGGCGGACCCGCCGCACCCGCCGCCGCUGCGAACGAUUCGACGAAUCGACAACGUGCGGUCGCCGACCGAGAUUGAGAUUGCGUGGGACCCGAUCGUCGGCUCCGUGAUGAACGGCGGGGAUACGGUCAUUGGGUACAACGUGUACUGCAACGACGGCAGUAGCGAGUCCGCGGUUCCCUAUCUCGACGCGGAGUUACCGGACUCCACGAUCCGGUCGUACAAAUUCCAAAACCGGAUCCCGGGCCGGAUGUACUCCAUCCAGAUCGCGGCGCGGAACCGCGCGGGCGUCGGGAAGCGGUCGGAAGUCGCGAAGUUCUUCGCGGGCGUGCCCCCGGCGAAGAUGGAAAGGCCGCUCGUCGUGCACACGACGCGGCAGUCGGUGAUGCUGCAGUGGGCGAAGCCGAUCUCGCCCGGGGAUUCGCCGAUUCUCGGAUACACGAUCUUUUACAGUGAUGGAUUGAACACGACGACGAAGCUGAAAGAACGGAUCGACUUGUGCAACCCGGCGGUUUUGUCCUACAACGUGACGGGUUUAACCCCCGGCCUGGAGUACAAAUUUGCAGUCACCGCGCACGGCCGCUGU